AGCGUGCCGCAGCCGUCGCCGCAUCGGAGGCUUAGCGAUCACCGGGGCUUCAUCAGGAGCGCUGCACAAAACGAGCGGCGGUCAGCUGAGAGUCCGCUUAGCCGCGCCAGGGAGGUACCGCCCGUUUGUCAGCAUGAUCAAGGGCUGCCAGAAUGAGUGCACAGCUGGAGGAUGCUCGGGAGAAACAGGAAAGCAUAUGGCUGACUCUUUCAAGGCUUCAGACUUGAUUAUCACCCCAGCUACGACUUUGAAGGAAAAACCAGACCCCAAUGGUUUGGUGUUUGGAACUGUGUUCACUGAUAAUAUGCUGAUAAUUGAAUGGUCCUUGGCUUCAGGAUGGGAGAAACCUUAUAUUAAGCCACUUGAGAACCUUUCAUUGCAUCCAGCUUCCUCAUCUCUGCAUUAUGCUGUAGAACCAAGAGGACAGACAGAGGAGAAUCUGGUGCCAAUGCUGUGGCUCAAUGAAUACACAUUGUUUGAAGGAAUGAAAGCUUACCGAGGAGUGGAUGGCAAAAUCCGCCUGUUCCGGCCAACCCUCAACAUGGAGAGGAUGGCACGAUCAGCAAGACGAGCAACUCUGCCGCAUUUUGACCAGAAUGAGCUUCUAGAGUGCAUCCGGAAGCUUGUGGAAGUGGAAAAGGAGUGGGUCCCAUACUCAACCACUGCCAGCCUUUACAUCCGUCCUACCUUAAUUGGAACUGAGCCUUCCCUUGGAGUGAAGAAGCCAACUAAAGCCCUACUGUAUGUCAUACUGAGCCCUGUGGGCCCUUACUUUGCAAGUGGAAGCUUUAAUCCCAUAUCCUUAUGGGCAGAUCCAAAAUAUGUAAGAGCCUGGAAAGGAGGAACGGGGGACUGCAAACUAGGAGCGAAUUAUGGUUCUUCUAUUUAUGCCCAGCAAGAAGCCCUGGAAUUUGGCUGCCAGCAGGUUUUGUGGCUCUAUGGAGAAGAUCAUCAAAUAACUGAAGUUGGAACAAUGAAUCUGUUUCUCUACUGGAUAAAUGAAGAUGGAGAAAAUGAACUGGCAACCCCACCUUUAGAUGGCAUCAUCCUUCCAGGAGUGACAAGACAAAGUAUUUUGGAUCUGGCACACAAUUGGGGAGAAUUCAAAGUGUCCGAACGAUAUAUCACUAUGAGUGACUUGACAGCUGCCUUGGAAGAGGACAGAGUAAAGGAGAUGUUUGGUGCUGGAACAGCCUGUGUAGUAUGUCCUAUCUCUAAAAUUUUAUAUAAAGGCAAGCACUUGCACAUUCCAACUAUGGAGAAUGGACCUCAGUUAACAACCCGUUUCCUGAAUAAACUGAGUGAUAUCCAGUAUGGAAGAGAAGACAGCGACUGGGCAGUGUUGGUGUCAUGAAGGUGGAAGAGUUCAGACCCUCCAGACAGAGCAAACAUGAAUAAUGAUAACUUCUGUAGCUGUCUGUGCAUAGCAUAGUUCCUGUAUCAGUUUGCUCCCAGGAUGAUUGUUUCCACAAUCCAGCAAAUGUGAACGCAAUCAUUUUGAUUUCUACUGUAAUCCUGUUGGUAAACACCUGUCUUGGUAGAGGUGCUAAAUGUUAGCAAUAGAACUUUCCUAAUGGUUUUCUUAGAGCCUCCUUGUGUCUUAUAUACAGUCUGAAAACUUGUAAAUGCUCUUCAACUGCUCUUCAGCUUGGUUUGUUUUGAUUGCCAUCAUCAGCAGAGCGCCUUGCCAUAUAACACAAAGAUGCCUGUUAGCUGGGCACUGACAUUAUUCUGCCUUUUGCUCUGUAUUUGGGAAACAAUUAAGUUUAGCCAUAUGCUCUUUCCUUUUGUACUCUACUUGUGUGGAGUUCAUGAGUUCACGUAGCCCUCUUGAUCCCCUCGUGCAUACUUUGUCAAAUAACAGCUCUGUCCUCCAGGCCCAAAUUCUCUGAGUUGAUCAUGCUUGCAAUAUGCUCCCUGUUGACCUACUGCCUUUUCCUCCAUGGGGAUAUGCAGUGGCUGCUUGGGCAGUGCAUACCUCUUCAAUAGUUGAACACAUCCUUUGAUACAUGAUUUGAAUAGCUGGGUCAGGCUCUGCUGAGACAAGAGUGACUAUGUCUGGCCUAGCACAGAGCUGGGCACUGCAGACUGUGUUGCCUUCCAAAUGAGUGUCUAGAAAACAAGAUUAGAGAAUUGUGGCUGUGAAAGUCGAAGAACUCCUUUACAGCAGCCAAACCUUGGGCUUGAGGAAUUUCUUUCAUCAUCCAGUUACGUAAUUUAGAUCAGCAAAAUGUUUUUCUUGUCCCCUUUACCAAUCACUGUGAAAUGCAUCUAGCUUCCAUUGACACAGGUGUACUUUAACAGAGCCUUCCUAUUAAGGAGCAAGCUAUGUUAUCAACAGAAAAUAUUUAGCAUAAGAAGGAAAGAGGUUUUAUUCAAACCCUGGUUUCAUUCUGAUGAAGCGCAAUACUACUUUAUAUAGCACUACUUUCUCAUAUACAGUCUUGAUACUAUUUGGAAGCAAUAUUGAGCAUGUAGCUGGGGAAAUUACUUCUGCAAAUAUUCACUAACAAUCAUACUGUAAUAUUUAUUAGUUUUCUCUUUUUGCACACAGCUUUGUUGAACAGCUUUAAGAUAUCUCUUGCCAAAAAUAAUUACCAUAUUCUGUAUCAGUGUUCCAAAGUGCUACUUCAGUGUAAAACUGGUGGAACUUUAUUGACACUAAUGGAGUCCUAUAAGAGGUAAAAGUGAAACAUUUAUUGCCCUAGUUUGCAGUAGAGAUGCACCAGAGAUCCCCAGAUAAGGGAAAUAUUUAGCACUUUAUUUUUUUUAAGACCCAACAGUAUUUCUCCCAUGCUUUAUAAGUCCUCUGCAGUUACUGACAUUUAUUAACAUAGUUUAAAAAGACAUGCUAUUUUUUCUAAUAGACCAUCCAUGCCUUACACAACUGCUAAAAUGUAGCCUUAUGGAUUUUGUGUUCAUUUUUGGUCAGAUUUUAAAGACAAGUCCUACUUAGCCAUCACUUUCUUUUGCUCCCUCAAAUCAUGCCUUUUACUACCUUUCACUGCAGUCCAAUCUAAUAUUUUAAUGAAGAACAGUUGAAGGUUCUUUCUGACAAUGUAACCAUUGUUAAAACUUGUAUAGUUUUCUCUUUAGGAUACAACUGCAAGCACAAAAUAUUAUUUCACUUAUAGUAGCAAUAGUAUUGUGUGUUGGCUUUUCUGACCAUUUGAAACUGUAUUGUGUGCUGGUCUUUGUUCAGUACCUUACUAUCUAUUAUAAACUGCUGGUAUCUUUAAUUAAAUGGGUGGAAAAAUUAACAUAGGGAAUAUGUCAAGAUGCAAUGUGGGGUAGAGAGUUUUAUCCAAUGAGACAAGUGUCACAACUAAAGAGUGCCUUUAACUAGAGUGUGGCAUGGAGCUCUCUAAAGAUUAUAUAAUGAGCAACCACAGGUGGCUUGCUUUUACUGAACUAUAUAUUACAUCCCCUUACGUUCCUCUUAGAUUUAGCAGCAAAUGAAAAGUGGAAAUAUCUAACUUAAGAUGUAUGGCAAAGUAGUUGUAUCAUACGUGAACAGUUCAGGAUGUUGAUAGAGUUGGUAGGUAUCAUAUAAAAAAUCUCCUUGAAGGCAUCCGUAUACUAGCAGUAAUCUGAUUAUCAACCAGAAUGAAUAAGGACCAGAAUUAUUUUACUGUGGUGUAAACCUAAACGUUGUGUAAAACUCUUCUUAAAUUGGAUUCAAGUAAUUUUAUGUAAGGAGACUAGGUGGUUUCAUUUGUUGUUGUUUGCACUGUUUCCUACAUCUGCCAGAGAGACACUUUUUCUUUUAAUGAAAAUUUUGAGCUGAUGGACACUUCAAAAUGAUGGGAGUUGAAACUGAAAUGACCCACAGAAAUGUUUAGACUUUUAUAGCAAGGAAGAAUGAAAAUAUGUAGAGUCUUAACAUGUGUAUGUUAACCGUUGUCUUUAACAUCUUGGUUAAAUGGUAUCUGGGUGAAUAGGUUCUACAUUUUAAACUUUAAAACCUAAAUAAGGGAGCUGACAGGUCAGUAUAAUACAGGAAAUUCUUCUGAUACUGCAUGCUCUCCAACCCUGCAUUCUACCACUGCUUUUUAAUCCUGUUAACGAAAGCAAAGAAAUAGUAUGUGUAAAUAAUAGUGAGUGUUUGGUAUUGCACUCCCCUAUUUUCGCCUGUAAAAUUUAGGAGAGAACUGUGGUAUUCCCUAAGCUAAUAACAGUUUGUAAAAGAACAUCUGCACAUCUUUUCUCCAUGUGCCCUGUUGGUUUAAUUGCCACAGAUUUACAUAGAAAGAGUAUGGUACAUCAUAACUAGGCAAUUAUCCAUUCUUCAUCACUUAGUUAUGGCUCUGCUAAUUGAUCAUUUAAGACAUAAGAUAGUCUAACAUUAUGAGAAUUUGAGACUAUUCAAAAAAGAUCAACAAAUUAAUAUUGUUGUGUGAUAUUUGCAUAAUUGGCUGCAAUUAUUUAAUGUUUAAUUGGGUUGAUCAAAUGAGAUUCAGCCUUUCACAUGCUUAUGUUUUACAAACACUGCUACUUUAACAUGAUAAUAACAAACUCCAAUUUUUUUGUGGUCUUUCUUCUCCCCUUCAUUCUUUUGAUGAUUAUUUUCAGUACUGAGCAUGUCUUUAAUUUUCUGUUGGGUGAGCAUGAUUCAUGUGUAGGAAAAGUCCUUCAGAUGAGAGAACUUUUCAUGAAACUGGUAUUUCAUACAAGCUGUUGUGAUAUGAAAACUUAUGGCUUCAGCAACUGGUAUUACUUAUCUAGAUUGUUAACUGCAAUAAGGGCAAAUUCACUGGGAAUUUACAGUGACAGGUUCUUCUGAGAAUGCUAAUAAAGCUUCCUGCUUAGGGUAGAUAAUCUCUUCAGUCCAUAGAAGUGCAAAGCAAACAUAAUUUUUUUCUGGGAUAUACAAGGGAAGUCUGAUAAGACAAAAGCAAGAUAGUGAGAGCUCUCUCUGCCCAGCAAUUGUUUACACCUGUUCAACUAUCUCAAGCUAAAAAGCAGUUGACCUCUUUCUAGAUAAACUCUUGUUUACGGUUUACCUAAUUCAAAGAGAUAUCAUUGAUCCCCUCCUGUGUAAUUACUUUAUACUUAUUUUCCCUCAGGCAUGCAGAAUGGUGAUAUGUUAAAAUGUGAUAUUUGAAAGGUUCAUUUGGAGUGCAAGUUAUUUGAAAUAUCUGUCUAAUACAUAGUCUUCCAAGGAGGUAGACUGAAAAACAGCUGGAACUGAUGUCAUAGAUGCCUCUUCAGAGGAAGAACCCUUUUGAAUUCAGUGGCCUCUGUCUGUUGACAGUGCCUUGCCAUGAAAUAGAAUACGGAGAUGGUAGCACAGCCUGCCAGACUACAUAUGGCACAUUGUCUCUCUCUGCAUGGGAUCCAUCCUACUGAUGGUAAACUUCUAGUGGCAGGCUUGUAUACUGAGAGGCAGGCAGGUGUAAAUGAUGGUUGAGUGUGCCCUGAGGUGGGCUGUUCAUUGCUGCCUUUCUUUGCCUUCCACACAGACUUGCAGCCCCUUUUCCUCAGCUUCCUAUCAUGAUGCCACUUCGCCUCCUAUCUAAAAGUGACUAUUAAAGCAAAUUUUGCUUUGUGUUUUGUUUUCAGCAGUAGUGAUACUUAAAAAAAGAAAGACGUUUUGGUCAUCUUGCAGGUGUUCAGGGGUCAGAAUUGCACUUUAUCACCUGCACAUGUAAUGCCUGAACAGACAGACUCCCACUGGCUUUGUGAUCCUGGGCAAGUUAUCUAACCUCUUUGUAAGCGCAGAGUAGUAGUAUUACCACUUUUACCACUCUUAACUCUAAUCCAGCUUUUUACAUGAAAGUUAUUUUACUGCAGAUCGAAUAAGCUUUCCAGAAAGCUUUUUAAGCAGCAGAGAAAGAUGCUGUGUAGAGUCCAGUAUUUGAAGCAUUGCUUUAGAGUGGCAGUGUCUUGAUUAUGCAGGAGAAAAAUGUUAUUCAAAUAAGAAAUAUAUUUAAGAUUUUCUGUAUAAACCUAUAAACAAGUAAAAUACAUAGUUCAGAAUAUGAAGUAGCAUACAGAAAAAUCUUGAAAUGAGAAUUCACCUUCACCUCUCAUACAGAGCUAUCUUAUUUUGAAGUGAUGUGCUUGAAGGAAGUAUUGUACCUCUCGAUGUAGAGGCAUUAGAUUACAACUCUUCUAGAGGUACGCUUUGUCAUGCAGCACUGAGACAGACCUCUAUCAAUCUUGACUACAGUUUUUCUGAACUGCAGUAUUUAGUAGUUAAGAAGUGUCAGAGUUGUGUUUUACUGUAUUUUGUCGCUAUUCUCAAGAUUUGGAAAAAUAAUUUGUAGGUCCUAAAUUAUUUAAGCUAAGUAACUUCUUAAUAAGUAGUUGUAGGUUUAGUCAUAAUAGCAAAAUAGAGUAUUGGUAUUGCAGUAGUAAGAAAUACCGUUGUAGCAAUCCUUCUGUCCAUGCCUUGCUUUAAACAUUAUUAGUGGGAAUUCCAGGAUAUUUCCCCUGGCUACGCAAGAAUCUGAGUGCCAUCUGCAGCACACUUGGCAAAUAUAUCUCCAGCUCCGUAAACAAAGCUAACUUAGCUAUUACCUUCAGGUAGAACAGUCAGGUACAUUAGGGCUUAGCAGGCAGAGAACAAUACCGAACAGGAAUAGUCAAUCCUUAGAUUUGGAAUAAAAUUUUGGAAUUAGUAGCUCAGAUUCUUAUUAACCACACUAGCAGUGUCAACCACACUCAAAUUUAGUGAAAAUAAAGGUGUUUAAUUUUACUAGUAGUAAUAGCAGUGAAUAGAUCCUUGUGUCUCUCUGAACAUGAAUUUAUACUCUUUGGUUAUCUUAAAACUCAGUUUAUUUUGUCUGGUUUUUACCAUUUUUACCACAAUCCUGAAUUUUUUAUCUUAAAAAAAAAGUCUUAAAUUUCAUGUUCAUAGGAAGAUCUUAAGGAGGAUUUAAGACCUUGAUAUAGAAUUUUAAAGUCUUUAAAAUAUCUGCUAAAUAAUGUUAAGGUAAAAAAAAAAAAAAAAAAAGA